AUGGCGGGAAUCGAGCAGCUCGAGAUUCAUAGCAAGUCCUACAUCGUGCGCUGGGUCAAAGUCGAAGAUGGCCACAGCAUCUCGUGGAGCGUGCAGCCGCACAAGAAGUCGAUCAACUUUGGCAUCGUGAAGCAUCCCGGCUCCGGCGCCACCGCCCUGCACACCGCGACCAGCGUCGACGAGCUGAACAAGUCGUUCGAGAACCUCGAUGGCGGCAGCAACAACAAUGCGAAAACCGGCGGCAAAUUCUCGAAGCGCGAUGCCAGCACCGCGCAGGACCAGCUGAGUAGCAAGGGUUUCAUGCUGAUGAAUUGGCACGGCAAGUGUGAGGCCGGCAAGGUCUCCAUGGGCACCUACGACGUGCUGUCCGGCCAAGGCGGCAUGUUUGGUUUGGUCUUCGACAACACCUUCUCCAAGACCACCGGAAAGACGGCCACCUUCGUCCUCCUGACCUUCCCGACCGACCAGCCGCCCCAAGGAGCCCACCACCUACCGAACAUGAUGGCCGCGCCCAACGCCACGGCGAGCAAGACGAGCCUAGGGAAACCGAGCCCGCGACUGGGCGCCACAGCAUCCGAGUCCGUCGACAGUCUGCAGAGUCACAAGAACAGGGCCCAGUCCAUCGCAGGGCGCAGCGAGGGCGGCGGCGCGUCCUCAUCCUAUCAUACGGGCACUCUGCUCAAGAGGCGGAGAAAGAAGGGUCAAGGUUUUGCUCGCAGGUUCUUCUCGCUGGAUUACUCGUCCUGCACGCUAUCAUACUACUACAACCGCAACUCCUCCGCCCUACGGGGCGCCAUUCCCCUGAGCCUGGCUGCCAUUGCCGCGGAUGAACGACGUAGGGAGAUCAACAUCGACUCUGGCGCCGAGGUGUGGCAUUUGCGGGCGGCCAAUGUCAAGGAGUUCAAGGAAUGGGCCAAGGCUCUCGAGCGAGCUAGUCGCAUCGCUCGUGGCAUCGAACCCGAACCUAUACCGGAGGGUACCCUUGCUCGGAGAGACACGCUCAAGGUGGACACCCAAACCGUCCCGCGCGUUCCGAACACGCAGCAGGAGGAGGACAGGGAAUGGCAGCAGGUUGAGUCAUUGGUGAGCCGCGUUGUUGGCACGAGGGAUGCUCUCAGGCGCCUGGUCAAGGACAUGGCGGCUCAGAAGCAAUACACUCGUCCGUCCAGCUCGUAUCUCUCACCCGCAACACCAAGCGGCCCAGAAGAAGGCGAUGGUUACUUCCCCCCGCAACAGGAACGGCGCUCGUUCUGGAGGCGCAAGUCCAGUGCCGCGCCUCUCAGUCCGCAGGUCUUCCAGCCUGCACUUUCUUCGGCUCUGGCGGUACCGUCGCCUGGCUCUGCGGUCACCGUCACAUCCAACGGACACGACUCAAAAGCGGGAUCAAAGGGGCCAAGCCAGGCGGAGAAAAGCAUUCAAGAUCACUGCACCGCACUGCUGAAUGAUCUCGAUUCGGUGAUUGCGGGUUUCACGACGGUUGUUGCCAAGAGCAAGCGGAGGCGAACCCCGAUGCCUGGAUCUGCUACAGGAUCACGGAUGAGUUUGGAGUCUACCGCCUCUGAAGAGUUCUUCGAUGCUGAAGGCGGCGACGCGGACAACCAGGUUGUGAUGAUCGACCGUCGCAGCGAGGAAGAUUCGCAAGGUUCUGAAGCCGACGAAGCUGACGAAGCAUCCAUCCACUCGUCUUCUUCCGUGUCCUCUGUCGAGGAAGAGAAGGAUGGCCUGGAUGCCAAGGGUGCAGCGGCACUAUUUCCACCAAAACCAAAAUCUCUGGCACCCCUUCCUGUUGAUAUUGGCGUCGAACGCCGCCAGACCAUUCCGCCUGCCAAGGUCCUCCCGCCAUCACUCAUUGCGUUCGUCCGAAAGAACGUUGGCAAGGAUUUGAGUACAAUCUCAAUGCCUGUAUCCGCGAACGAGCCCAUAUCUAUGCUACAGCGUGUCUCUGAGCAACUUGAAUACGCCCAGUUGCUUGAUGAUGCGACAAAACAGAAGACACCCAAAGAGCGUAUGCUCUACGUCGCUGCCUUCGCUGUCUCUCAGUUCAGUGCCAGCCGUGGGAAAGAGCGUGCAAUACGCAAGCCCUUCAACCCGCUUCUGGGCGAAACGUUUGAACUGUUGCGAACAGACGCCGAGUUCCCUGGUGGUUUCCGACUGGUUGUGGAGAAGGUCUGCCAUCGUCCGGUCCGCUUAGCCAUGCAGGCGGACGCCGCUCACUGGUCCUUUGCGCAAAGCCCGGCACCUACGCAGAAGUUCUGGGGCAAGAGCGCCGAGCUCACCACUGAGGGCAAGGUCCGCAUUGCCUUGCGUCUGCCCGACGGCACUGACGAGUACUACUCUUGGACGCACGCCACCAUGUUUCUGCGCAAUGUCGUCAUGGGUGAGAAAUACCUGGAGCCUGUCGGGUCCAUGGUCGUAGCAAACGACAGCACUGGUGCUCGCGCCAAUGUUGAGUUCCGCUCCAAGGGCAUGUUCGGAGGCCGUAGUGAGGACGUUCAUAUCGACACCCUGAACCCUGACGGCAGCAACACUGGCCUGGCCCUCACCGGGACAUGGACUGGCGCUUUGCGGGUCGUGGAGCAUGGCAAGACCGGACGCGAGCUGUGGAAGGUCGGCGAUCUGGUACCCAAUGCGCCUAACACAUACGGGAUGACCACGUUUGCCGCGAGCCUGAACGAGGUGACGCAGAUCGAGGAGGGCCGGCUCCCGCCCACGGACGCGCGGCUGCGGCCGGACCAGCGCUUCGCGGAACAGGGCCAGCUGGACGAGGCGGAGGGCGAAAAGGUGCGCCUCGAGGAGGCGCAGCGGGCGCGCCGCCGGGACAUGGAGGAGCGCGGCGAGCAGUGGAAGCCCCGCUGGUUCGUCAAGGUCGCCGGUGGCGACGACGACGGCGGCGGCGAGGAGGUCUGGCGCAUCAAGGGCGGCAAGGACGGCUACUGGGAGAGCAGGGAGCGCGGGUUCCAGGGCGUCGAGCAGAUCUUCUGA